AUGCCCACAUGCACUGUUCAUCCCCAACAGGUUUCUCUUAUUCCAGCAUCCCCAGAACGAUCUCUCCUCAGUCUCUUUAUCCGUCUAGUCCGAGCCCCUCUUCAUUCAAGACUGUCUUCCCUGUGUCUGCCUCCCAUGGCAGCUUCUUCCAAACCGGCAGAUGAAAGUUCGCAUCCAUACGACGCACUCCCGAAUGACCAGGACUUUGGCUGGAUGAUAUCUGAUGCGAAGUUCUCUGUUGAUACUAGAACCAAUUUCUACGACCGCAGUCUGACAAGUCGGAGAUAUGCCCUUGUCGGAAUGGCAUGCUCAGGUAUCUUUGGCUGCUCAUGCAUCGUUGCAAGCAUCAUCACUUUAGCCAACCAAGGAGUCUUCGGAAGGGAGAUAUUGGCCCUGGCACUUGACUUAAUCGUCACAUUGUGUACCGAGUCCAUAGGCUUCGUACACGGUAUUUCAUUGCGCUCUGCACUAGCCUCAGAGUCUCGGCUUCAUUUCAACACCAAUCUGCGCCUUCUGACCGCAGCUCGUGGAUGGUAUAACCCUAACGGCGCCCUGCUUAACGUCAUCUUGGCUGUCCUCCUCAUCAUAUCCUACAGCUCGGUUUCAUUCAUCGUAUGUCUCAACACUCGAAGCUCUGACUUGAGUGAGAGUGUUGCCAUUGUGGGGUUACCUCUCCUCAUUUUGGGCAUCGCACUCCUCCUCCAGGUGAUGAUCGCAUUGUCAGCGAUGCGUGCUGUCAAAAUAUUGACGUGGAGCUCCUCACCUUUCGACUUGACCGCCGCACUGGUCCACCACACGCAAUUGUCCCCUGUUACAUUACGGUGCAUGCGUUGUGUGUCUAACUUAGACACGUUUGGAGGUCCAGCGAAGCCAUCAGAGAUACAGCCCUCUGCGUGGCAUGCUCACCCUAGCAUCCGGAAAGUUGUCAUUUUUCUUUGGGUGAUCGUUGCAGCAUGCGCUGGAUGGGCCGCACUCGUCAUGUAUAUGUGGAAUAACUAUUCGGAAGAGUGGGGCGGUCUUUCAUCCAAUGGCAUCCAGUAUCCUAUACCAGGUGUUGAUCUUGAGGUGUGGAUUCUGCUCUAUGUCAACAUGGCAGCUAUCCAGGGGCCAUUGACACUUGGGCUCCAUUGCUCGGAGCUCAUCGCAAAUGUCAUUCGAGACGAAAGACAGUGGAGAUACGCUAGUACCAGAAAGAAAGGACUUACGACGGCGACGAACCCAGUGAAGAUGAUUUCCAGCCAUCCGAUUUGUCUCAUCCUUUUUGUCGCAAAGCCUUUCCUGCACUGGAUGUUCGGGCUUGCAAUCAACUUAGGCACUGAAAGCACUGUUCACCCCAUACGCCCUGAUUACCUCAUAAGCCCUGAUUACCUCACAGGCACUGACAACACCGUAGGCACUAGCAGCGCCGUAGACGGGCAACUGGCCGGCUUGGGGGUAUCUAUGUUCACUGCCCAGGUCUGGAACUUAUGCAUAGCGCUCUUCAUAUUUGCCUGUUUCUUCACUUUCGUCGCACUCCGCCGACCACGUGGCCCCCAGCCAGCUGCAUACGGCCACCUCCAGACACUCGCCAACCUCGUGGACGAGUGGUCGCCUGUGAUGUGGUGGGGACACAAGGAGGACGGAAUUCCGUACUGUCAUGCUGGGACGAGCGAUCACCCGCUGCCGAAAGUGAAGAUGGACUGCGUUUAUGCUGGUUCUGGGUCUGGGUCUGGUUCUCUGGUACCCCUCUCGUGA